AUGGCUUCAAGAAUCUUUACUCGUUCAUUCCACUACACAAGAGUUUUUGCUAGCAAACCACCAGUCCAAUUAUUUGGUUUGGAUGGUACUUAUGCUACAGCUUUAUAUUCAGCUGCUUCAAAGGAAUCUACAAUUGACAAAGCCUAUCAAUCAUUGAGCAAAAUCUUCAAAUUGAUUGAAACUGAUAAAAAAGUUGGUGUUAUUUUAAGCAACCCAGCUUUAUCAGCAAAUGAUCGUACUAUUGUUAUUGACACUAUCAUUGAAAAGACAUCCAAUUUAGACACAACUGUCUCCAAUUUAUUGAAAGUUUUGAGUGAAAACAACAGAUUAGAUUUAUUUUCUUCUAUUUACUCUCAAUUCCAAAUUUUAAACGAUGCUCACAAUGGAUUAAUUGAAGCCACUGUUACAAGUGUUCAACCUUUAGAACGUGCAUACUUGAGAAGAAUUGAAGCUGCAAUUUCAAAAUCCUCAUUUGUUGGUGAAGGUAAAACUCUUAAAUUAGUCAAUAAAACCAACCCAGAUAUUUUAGGUGGUUUAGUUGUUGAAGUUGGAGACAGAACUGUUGAUUUAUCUAUUUCCUCCAAAAUUGCUAAAUUAAACAAAGUUCUCCAAGAUUCAAUUUAA